AUGGAAGAAAAUGGCCUUCGAUACUUCACCACGUCGAGGAAGGAUCCACCAAAAGAUAUUAAAAAAAAAAGCGUUUUCUUAACAUGGAGAUGCUUAGGGUUCAAUUUAGCUUUGUCCGUUCCCAUCCUCUACUUCUACUACUUGCAAUGUGAACAGAAGAAAAAAGGGAAAGGACAAAUUGGGUUAACAAAAGUAGAGAAUAUUGGCAUGCCAUUGAUAGGAGGAAAUUUCACCCUCUUCAAUCAUGACGGGAAGGUAGUAACAAAUGAGGAUUUUAAAAAAAAAUUUUGUUUAAUUUAUUUUGGAUUCACAUAUUGUCCUGAUAUAUGUCCACAAGAGUUGGAGAAGCAAACCAUUGUAAUUGAAAAGAUUAUAAAAAAAUAUGGGGAUGUGAUCACCCCUGUUUUUAUUUCUGUUGACCCGAAGAGAGAUACGCUAGCCCAGGUGAAGCAUUACUGCAACUCCUUUAGCGACAAGUUAGUAGGACUGACUGGUACCAAGGAACAAAUUAAACAAGUCGCAAAAUUAUUUCGUGUAUAUUACAAUGAGCAUGUCGUGGAUGACCAGGCUGCCAAAGUAGAGAAGCAAAGUGGAGACACACCCCCCGUUGCAAAUAAUUAUAAUUACCUCAUUGAUCAUUCAAUAAUUCAUUACCUACUGGAUAUGGACGGAAAGUUUGUUGACUUUUUUGGGAAAAAUUGCACCGUCAGUGAGAUGGUCGAGAGGAUAUCUCAUUACAUCGAUCUGCAUUUACAGAGUGGGGAUAAUACGGUAGGGGCGGCCCUCGAGAAUACGUCCCAGUGA